AUGGGAGUUGAAAAAGAGGAAAGUAAGGAAAAUGGAGGUGAGGAGGAGGACAAGGAGAGGGGGAGGGGAGAGGAGGAGCAUAAGGAGGAAGGGCAGGAAGGAAAAGAGGAGGGGAAAGAGAGGAGUGGGGAGGAAGAAGAGGGAGGUACUGUCAUAAAAGAAACCGAGAAACAAAUUGGAAGCGCUGAGGAAGAAGGGGCAAAGAAGCCCCCCAAACGAUUCAGCUUAGAUGAUAUCAUCAUCAGCUCUGAGUCAUCCACGACAGCAUCUUCCCUGAUUAUAACCUCCGGAAGUAGCAAGUCGUCCUCACACUCCCAGAGUCCUGUAGUGAGCGAGAUCUUCCGAGACAGCGGCAUAAAAGAUGAAAUCACUGAGUCUGAGAAGGGACAGAUCGAUUCUCUCAGGAGGUCAUCGAAGGAAGUUAAGGAGGAAACUGGCCAGGAGGCAGAUGUUUCAGCCCAAGGAUCAAAACAGGAAGGUGCUGAAGCAGAAUCUGGAGAACUGGCCUUCCUCGAGGAAGAAAGACGAAAAUUAUCCCAGCUCAAAUCAGGGGGUCCCGAGGAGUCAAUGGUGUCCACCUCCACAGAGGACACCUUGUUCCAGAAGGAGGAGGCCUCCAAGGUGUAUCCUUUGACCAUGACCUGGUCCUUUGGAUGGAACAGUUUCCUCCCUGUCUACUACCUCCGGGAGAACCAGAGAGUCAUUCUCUAUGUCUGUGCGCACACUGCUGUCAUCUACAAUGUCUUCAGGAACACCCAGUACCACCUUCAGGGCCACCCUAAUAUCAUCUCCUGCCUCUGUGUCAGUGAAGACAGGCGAUGGAUCGCCACAGCGGACAAAGGGCCAGACUGCCUCAUCAUUAUAUGGGACUCCUUCUCAGGAAUCCCAGUGCACACCAUAUUUGACAGCUGUCCAGAAGGUAAUGGCAUAAGGUCAAUAGCCAUCACCCGUGACGCCAAGCUUCUGGCUACCAUCUCUGAUGCCGAAAUCCAGAAAGUGUGCAUCUGGAAGUGGACCUUGGCAGUGGAGACGCCCGCAUGCACCCUUGAGCUUCCCAAAGAGUAUGGUUUCCAGAACUACCUCACCUUCAACCCCGCGAACAACAGGGAGCUGGUGAGCAACAGCAAGACACAGGCUGUCUAUUACUCCUGGCAUGAAGAGAAGGGUAUGCUUGCUCACAGUGCCCCGAUUUUAACAGAGAAAACGUUCAACAAACUCGUGGGAAAAUUCAGCCAGUCUGUCUUUCACUUGAAGUUAGCACAAAUACUUUCGGCCACGAAGGAAGGGAAGCUUGUUGUCUGGGAUAUCCACUACCCCCCAUCGUCCUCCGUGUCGGCCUUUCCCUUCAUCAAGCCUCGAAAAUUGGUCCAUUUACAGAAGGAAGGCAUCACCGUCCUCACCACAGUCGACAACUACAUUGUCACAGGUGAUGUUAAGGGUAACAUUAAGUUCUACGAUCACACCCUGUCUGUUGUCAACUGGUACAGUAACUUCAAACUAGGUGCCAUAAGGACGCUGUCCUUUUCCAAGAACCCAGCCAGUCUACCUACAGAGAAAUCCAGCCUCCCCACAGACUGCACGUUAAAAGGUGACCUUUUCGUCGUCAGGAAUUUUAUUAUCGGAACAUUUGAUGCUACCGUGUACCACAUGACGGCAGAUGGCACCAAACUCGAGAAGCUCUUUGUGGAGCCCAGGGAUGCCGUCUAUGCCAUCUCCUGCCACCCGUACCAACCCCUCAUCGCGGUCGGGAGUGUCUGCGGGAUGAUCAAGGUGUGGGACUAUGAGAAGAAGGUGUAUCUGUUCAGCAGGACCUUCGAGAAGGGGCUUGGAGUGCAGAGUCUGAGCUACAACCCCGAAGGAACCCUGCUUGGAGCUGGAUUCACCGAGGGGACAGUUUAUAUUCUUGACGCGAUGUCUUUAGAGAAUGAAAGUCCAGAACCCUUCAAAUAUUCCAGAACUAGCAUCUCGCACGUCAGCUUUUCACACGAUUCCAAUUACAUGGCUACUGCUGAUGUCAGUUUCACCGUGGCUGUGUAUAUGGUGGUGGUCAAAAACGGACAAAGGGUCUGGGAGUACCUGGCGAGACUCCGUUCCCAUCAUAACAGCAUCCGAAGCCUCUUGUUCGGAGUUCAUCUGGACAGCAAUGAGCCCAGGCUGCUGAGCCUCGGGAAAGACAGGUUCCUGAUAGAGUACAAUCUCAUGAAGAGCUACAAAGACCACCUGGUAGUCCUGGACAUCCACCGGACCGACCAGGGGACCUACCCCACCUGCAUGAUCUGGUACCCGCCGCUCACCAAGGAGCUCUUCCUACUCAUCUGCAACAGCUGCUACAAAGUGAAGCUUUUCAACUCCACCACGAAGAUGUGCAGAAAGACAAUUCUUGGACCGGCUUAUGGGUCUCCUGUUGAGCACACACAGGUGCUCCCCGUUAGAUCCACGUUAGAGCUGAAGAAGCGUUACCUGGUGUUCAUCAACAAAGACAAGGUUGGACUCCAGAUCUUACCAGUUGAUGGCAACCCACACAAAACAUGUGCUAUCGUUUGCCACCCAAGCGGGGUGGCUGGAAUGGCCCUUUCCUAUGACGGUCGCUAUGCCUUCACAUCCGGAGGCCAAGAUUGCUCAGUGGUUCAGUGGGAAAUCAACUUAAGUGCCCUGGAGGCGGCCGUUUCUCUUGGGGGCGAAGACUUGACCCCAUUCUACGGUCUGGUGCCUGGUGGCAGAGAAGGAAAAUUCUACAGGGAGCUGGAGGACUACUUCUACUAUUCUCAGAUUCGCAGUCAAGGCAUUGAUACGAUGGAGACCAGGCAGGUGUCGGAACAUAUCUGUCUGUCGGAGCUCCCUUUUGUCAUGAGAGCGAUCGGCUUUUACCCGUCAGAGGAGAAGAUUGAGGACAUGCUUAACGAGAUCAAGUUUAGCGAGUACGUGGACACAGGGAAGCUGAUCGACAAAAUCAACCUGCCGGAUUUCCUCAAGGUUUAUCUUAAUCAUAGGCCGCCCUACGGAAACACCAUGGCCGGCAUCCAGAAGAGCUUUAACAUACUGGGUUUCACCAAUUCCCAAGGGAAAAAGGUUAUUCGCAGAGAAGACUUCCUGAACUUGCUCCUCACUAAAGGCGAGCACAUGACAGAGGAGGAGAUGUAUGACUGCUUCACGACGCUGUUUGGCCUGAAUCCUGAGGGGUGGAAAUCCGAGCCUGCAGCCACCCCUGUCAAAGAUUCAGAAAUCUGCCUUGAAGAAGAACUUCCAGACGAAAUCACCCCAGAAAUAUUCGCGACUGAAAUUCUUGGCUUGACCAUUUCUGAGACUUCCGGACUGUUGAAUUAGUGAAGUCCCUGGGAAUGCUGGAGGCACAAAGCACUCCAGGUGCUUGCACGUGCAGGCGCGCGUGCCUUUUCCAAGGGGUGUUCCUUUUCUGUACACGCCUGCCCCACCCUAAUCUUCAGAGCAUUUAGACAUUAAAAGCCACUUUCUCUUAAGACAAUGGAAUUCACACAGUUGGACAUUGCACUGUCUGUGAAAGAGAAGAGUGGGUGAAGGUGCGAACAGCCUGACUCGGGGUGGGGGUCUCAGCCAGUAGCAGGCCUUCCUCAUGGCGUGUAUGCUGCUUCAUGGAAGUCUUAGCCGCUCACGCCCUUCCUUUGGAGCACUGUCUGUACUGCUGGCCUCUGUGGCUGGGAGGAGGAGUUCUGGGCUCCUGGGAGUAGCAGACUAUUUUCUUUCUCAGCAGAAUACCCAAGCAGUUGUGCGUGGCCGUUCCAACGAGCAUCACUG